GUCAUCACUUCAGUUUCGUGCACCUCAGGGCCCGAGCAGGGAAUCAAACCUGCGACCGGCCUUCACACGGGAAGCUGUGGAGACAAUGGUUACCACGCCGAUGGCCAGAACCAUGCUCUGUGUGUGUGUCUUCCUCUUUGCCUCUCGAGUCACAGCCUCUCAUAUCCCAUCAAAGAUGAACAGAGCCAUCCAGAACCUGCUGCAGCACUAUAUUCCGGUCAAAGAACGUUUUAACGGCCGACCCGUCUUCUCCAGAGAACUUCUCGGCACCAGAUUGGAGGCCAAGGGGGUGCUGAUAUCGGCGGUGCUGCAGACCUACAACGAGCUGAUAGAGCGCAUGUUGAAGGAACUUCCUGCCCAGACAGCCUCCACCUCUGGCGUGCGCUCGGAGCUGAGCUACAUCCUGAAGCGCGUGCAGGAGCUGAGGAGAUUCCGCUUCCAGGAGCAGGACACACUGCUGAAGGGCCUUGAGGGGUUCCGACACAUCCAGAUGGACAACGCACUUAUCCAGAGCAAAGCAUUGUGGGAGCUGCCAUGGCUCUACCAGGAGGCUAGCUCCUUGGCUGACAAGCGAUGUCAACGGCGGCACAGACAAGCAAAGUGGCUCAGAAGCUUCUGCACCAGAAGCAAAGCUCACUGACGAUUUUAUUUAUUUCAAACUGACCAUCACUCCUAUUUAU